AGACUGGAGAAAGAACUAGAAAAUCUUGAGAUUGUUGAAAUUCAAGAUAUUAGCUCCUCAAGUGAAGAAGACGAGAUACAAAUUCGUGCUCCCAAAAAAUAUAUCCGUGAUGGUCAAAACCCAUUUGAAUUCUUUAAUGAACAGGAGUUUAAAAGAAGAUUUCGUUUUUCAAAAAACUCUGUUAUGUUUGGCAUUUUGCCAUUAAUUGAAGAAGGACUCGCAAAAAUAAAUAAUCGCGGGUUACCAAUAUCCCCUGUCAUACAAUUAUUGAUCUGUUUACGCUUUUAUGCAACAGCAAGUUUUCAGCUUAUUGUAGGAGAUGUAUUGCAAGUUUCACAAUCCACUAUUUCUAGAAUCAUUUUUCGAGUAUCAGUUUUAAUAGCAAGUCAUGUUAAUCGUUACAUAAGAAUGCCAAUAUCAGAAGAAGCACGUGUUGAAAACAAACGCUUGUUUAAGGAAGCUGGAUAUGGUGAUGGAGUCAUAGGUUUACCUUGUAUUGAUGGAGCAAUACAUUGUACGCACAUUCGUCUCGUACACAGUAAAUUUCAAGGUAUUGAAAUAUAUAGAAACAGAAAAGGAUACUUUUCCUUAAAUGUUCAGGCUGUUGUUGGUCCUCGUACAGAAUUUUUAGAUAUAGUUCCCGAAUGGCCAGGAAGAGAACAUGAUAGUCGAAUCUUCCAAAAUUCAAGGAUAUAUAUGCGAUAUAGACAACAAGCACUAGACGGAAUGCUCGUUGGAGAUAGUGGAGAUCCGGCUUUACCGUUUUUACUUACACCAAUUGCUAAUCCUAUAACCGGUGAAGAAAUACGGUUUGACAUUUUAUAG